AUGAUGCACUUUAGAAAGAAAUCGACUGCCUCUGGUGAUAGCCAGGGCAGUGGUGGUAACCCACAACAUGCUAAAUUGUCCAAGGAAGACGAAGAGAAGUGGAAGAUCAGAACCGCAAGUGUUUCUGAUCCAAUUUUAGAGGCUGUCCAAGAAGCACAACCUUUUGAACAGGCUGCUGACGCUUUCCAGGAUCCUAACCGUAAAUCUUACUUCAGUGGACUGGAAGGAUCCUCGGAACUCAGAGAUAUUUUUGGUCAACCUAUCGGCACACCUGAUAUUUCGAAUCCUACAAGAGCAAGGGACGAAAGACCGCUAGAUACGAUCCGUGGGUUUGAAUAUGCAGUAUCUGGUGAUCCAUCCUGGGCAAGCCAGCUGGAGACCUCACAGUAUGGGUUUAGAGUUAGACCUGAUUUCCCCUUGAUGACAACAAAUCCAUACUCAAUGGAUAAUGGUGCAGGAACUGGUUCGGCACCUGUUUACUCCGAGCAGGCUGUUUACACCGCUCCAGCCUCGAGCGGUGCUGGUGAAGGUACUGAGAAGAAGAAGAAGAAGAGAGGAUUAUUUGGCAGAAAGAAGAAGGAUAACUGA